GCCCUGGGUUGCACCCAGGAAGUUGCCUGCAGGUGAGUGGCUGACGGAACCGGCAGCCAGCUCCGGGCCACCGCAGGAGGGAGCAGGGCCAUGGCACGCUGGCCCCCGCCGUGCCCACUGCCGCACCUGCCGACAGCCUGUGAGCCCCUCGCUGCCCGUGGCCGUCGCCCACCCCGCGCCCCGCUGCCGGCGCGGAGGAUGCCCAUCGAGGCUCUGCAAGCCGGCGACGCCAUGAAGGGGGUGACAGUGACGGCACCCUUCACCUCGGCCAUGCCCAUCCGCAUCCUCCGCAAGGGUCCCGCGUAUUUCCGCCGGCACGCCGAGCCGGGCGCCGGGAAGCCCAGCGCUGUGGAAAGGUUGGAGGCUGACAAGGCCAAGUACGUGAAGAGCCAGCAGGUUGCCAGCACCAGGCAGGAGCCGGUGAAGCCGCCGCUACUCAAGCAGCCCCUCUUCACCCCAGGGGUGCGCCGGGCUGCGCUCACCCCCAGCCGCAGGGCACCCCCGGGGCCACGACGCACCGAGGCUGGUGGCCCAAAGACCUCCCUCGACCUGGAGAUCCUCAACAACCUCAUCAACCUCUGCGACAGCCCGUUCCCCAAGGCGGAGAGCCCGCUGGGCCGGGAGUGCAAGUGGAGGGUGGAGACGCCCGUGGCACUGGGCGGUGGGACGGAGGGUGCCAGCAAGCCACCGGAGAGCCCCGCUGCCACCAAGCCCCCCGGCAGCGUGGCCGUGCGGAGGGUGGAUGUCCAUCCCUGCGGGGCUCCGCAGGGCCAGGUGACACCGGUGCCUGCGUCCCCCAUCCCAGGAGGGCUGCCUGCGACCCCGACGCGGAUCUCUCCCUCCCGCCCUGACAGCGCCCGCCGGCAGCCCCUGCUGCACCGCUCCAAGUCGGACCUGAGCGACCGGCUCUCGCGGGCCACCGCUGACCUGGAGCGCUUCUUCAACUACUGCGGCCUCGACCCCGAGGAGGUGCAGGACAUGGGCGCCGAGCGCUUUGCCCGCGCCAGCUCCGACAUCGUGUCCCUCAAGUUUCACAGCGUGAGCACGGCCAGCUCGGAGGGCGGCCGCUCGCCGCCCAGCGUCGCCACGCCAGAGGGGCGGCCGGCCGAGCGCGUCCCCUAUGGCAUCUCCGUCAUCGAGCGCAACGCCCGCGUCAUCAAGUGGCUGUACGGGCUGCGCCAGGCCAGGGAGCCCCAGCAGGUCUCCGACGUGUAGCAGCGGUGGUGGUGGGCGCCAGGGACGUGUUGCUCAUGAGUGGGUGAUGCCAGAUGGGGAGGGAGCGCUGGCUGUGCCCUGGGAGGCGUGGGGACCUCUCGGCGGUGACAGAACCCUUGAACUGAGCCCCCCCAGCACUUGCUUCCUUGCCCCCUGUGCCACAGCGGCACUGGCAGAGCCCAGUGCAGCGGCUGGGCAUCCUUCCCACUGGCUCCAUCAGCACUGGAGAGCCAGGUCACCGUGAUCCUGCAGGAGGGCAGAGGACACUUGUGUCUCCGGGUGUGUGACUGGUCCCCAACACCCUCCCCUUACCUGCUCCUGCAGGACCCUGUGUGUGAUCAGCCUGCCUGCCCUGCUCCUCGCCAGCACCCAUGGGUGGGGGGGGAAGGGGCUGGUUCCCCCCUGCAGGGAGCAGGGACACAGCCCCAGGGAAAGAGACAGCUGUCCCCCUGCAGCCGCCACCGAGGGGGCCACGCUGCCCAGGGCGGGGGCGUAUCCUGGUGUCCGCUGUCUUAAUGCUGACGGUCUGGGAGACGCUGGCUAGUUUGUGGCAAGGGGGGGCGAACCCGACCCCCUGCUUUGAGCAGCCCAGGGCUGCGUGUGUGUGCGAGUGUCUGCGAGCGCUUGUGUCCCCUCCUGGGUGCCAGUAGGCGCAAAGCCCCGGGCACGCUGGGCCCUGGUAUUUAUGAAGACGACAAUUGUUGGUCUUUUCCUCAUUUUUACUGUUUUUUUUGAUGUUGGAUCUGUA